AUUUGGUCAAGGUCACACAGCCGGUGUAUUCCAGAGAAUAAGUCUUCAAACAUCUUUGCCAUAUUGACUUUGAGCUUUCAAGGGACUCAGGCUUAUGAGGAGGUACUGUCACACAGAACAGUGUCUAGUGAAGACGACAAGAAAGUGGGGAAAGGAUUGGAAAAAGAAGCUAAAACACUAUAGAAAACCAUGUAGACUCAUGGAUUCUUGGAUUUACCAUUGGCAGUCUGUGUUAUUUGUGAAACACCAAAGGUUUGUGAGAUCUAUUAGAUCUUUUGCCAAUGAUGAUCGCCAUGUUAUGGUGAAACAUUCAACAAUCUAUCCAUCUCCAGAGGAACUUGAGGCUGUUCAGAAUAUGGUGUCUACUGUUGAAUGUGCUCUUAAACAUGUCUCAGAUUGGCUUGAUGAAACAAAUAAAGGCACAAAAACAGAGGGCGAGGCCGAAGUGAAGAAGGAUGAGGCUGUAGACACCUAUUCCAAGGAUCAAGGUGGUCGGACAUUGUGUGGUGUAAUGAGGAUUGGCCUGGUUGCAAAAGGCUUGCUGAUUAAGGAUGACAUGGACUUGGAGCUGGUUUUAAUGUGCAAAGACAAACCCACUGAGACCCUGUUAAAUAUAGUCAAAGAUAAUCUUCCUAUUCAGAUUCAGAAACUCACAGAAGAGAAAUAUGAAGUGGAACAAUGUGUAGAUGAGGCUUCUAUUAUAAUUCGGAAUACAAAAGAGCCCACGCUAACUUUGAAGGUGAUACUUACUUCCCCUCUAAUUAGGGACGAAUUGGAGAAGAAGGAUGGAGAAAAGGUUGCGAUGAAAGAUCCUCCGGACUUACUGGACAGGCAGAAAUGCCUGAACGCCUUGGCGUCUCUUCGACAUGCCAAAUGGUUUCAGGCAAGGGCAAACGGAUUAAAAUCAUGUGUAAUUGUCCUCCGCAUUCUGCGUGAUUUGUGCAACAGAGUUCCCACAUGGGCACCAUUAAAAGGAUGGCCACUAGAGCUUAUAUGUGAAAAGUCUAUAGGUACUUGUAAUAGACCUUUGGGCGCUGGGGAGGCCUUGAGACGAGUAAUGGAGUGUUUGGCAUCUGGAAUACUACUUCCUGGCGGUCCUGGUCUUCAUGAUCCUUGUGAGCGAGACCCAACAGAUGCUCUGAGCUAUAUGACCAUCCAGCAAAAGGAAGAUAUUACCCACAGCGCACAGCAUGCACUCAGACUAUCAGCCUUUGGCCAGAUUUAUAAAGUGCUGGAGAUGGACCCCCUUCCAUCUAGUAAGCCUUUUCAGAAAUAUUCCUGGUCAGUUACUGAUAAAGAAGGUGCUGGGUCUUCAGCCUUGAAGAGACCAUUUGAAGAUGGAUUAGGGGAUGAUAAAGAUCCCAAUAAGAAGAUGAAACGAAACUUAAGGAAAAUUCUGGAUAGUAAAGCAAUAGACCUUAUGAAUGCACUAAUGCGGCUAAAUCAGAUCAGGCCUGGGCUUCAGUAUAAACUCUUAUCCCAGUCCGGCCCUGUCCAUGCCCCAGUCUUCACGAUGUCUGUAGACGUGGAUGGCACAACAUACGAAGCCUCAGGGCCAUCCAAGAAAACAGCAAAACUUCAUGUAGCAGUGAAGGUAUUACAAGCAAUGGGAUACCCAACGGGCUUUGAUGCAGAUAUUGAAUGUAUGAGUUCCGAUGAAAAAUCAGAUAAUGAAGGCAAAAAUGAAACCGUGUCUUCAAACUCAAGCAAUAAUACUGGAAAUUCUACAACUGAAACCUCCAGUACCUUAGAGGUAAGAACUCAGGGCCCUAUCCUCACAGCAAGUGGCAAAAAUCCCGUAAUGGAGCUCAAUGAAAAAAGAAGAGGUCUUAAGUAUGAACUCAUCUCGGAGACUGGUGGAAGCCAUGACAAGCGCUUUGUAAUGGAGGUAGAAGUAGAUGGACAGAAAUUCAGAGGCGCAGGUCCCAAUAAGAAAGUGGCGAAGGCGAGUGCAGCUUUAGCUGCCCUGGAGAAGCUGUUUUCUGGACCCAAUGCAGCAAAUAAUAAGAAAAAGAAGAUUAUCCCUCAGGCAAAGGGUGUUGUGAAUGCGGCCGUGUCUGCAGCGGCCCAGGCUGUUCGGGGCAGAGGAAGAGGAGCUCUAACGAGGGGAGCUUUUGUGGGGGCUGCAGCUGCUCCUGGCUACAUAGCUCCAGGCUACGGAGCGCCGUAUGGUUACAGCCCCGCCGCCCCUGCCUAUGGUUUACCCAAGAGAAUGGUUCUGUUACCCGUUAUGAAAUUCCCAACAUAUCCUGUUCCCCACUACUCAUUCUUUUAGCAAAUGACAGAAGCUAAUUCCUAUUGAGCAACAAAUACAGUACAAUACAGAAUGUUAGAGAAAAAGCCUUUUUAUCCUGCUUUCUUUGAACACAUACUUGAUCAAAAUUAUUUGUAAAGAACAUCUUUCCUACUUUUUGAUUUUAACAAAUGCAAAUUUAGUUCUCUAAAACUUGAAAACAAACAAAAAAGAAACUAGUUCUGUGAAACGGUACCUCAUUUCUGGAAAAUAACUUAUACCAGCCCUUCUGUUCUAGGGAAAUAAGUCUAGAAGUUCAAAGUUUAAGUUUUAAGAGGAGUAUCAGAUUAUGUAAAAUUAAAUUUGUGAAGGAUGUAUAGAGUCUCAAACACUGAUCACAAAUAAACUGCUUUGUUGUAACACAGAGUACUGCCUGGUUCCUGACGCAGUCACUGAUUCUGAGCUCUGAUUGAGAUGUACGUGCCCCAGGGCACUUGAAUUUGGGCUGUAGUUAUUUUUUUUAUACAGUACAAUAGAGACUUUUCAUUUAAACUUUAACUUUGUAAAUACUGAAGUGUGUAAUUAAAGCCAAUAAAAUAUGGGUUUGAAUAUUGU